AAAAAAAACUUAGGUUGUUUUGGUUUUUAAUUCUAGUUCUUCUUAUAACAUUUGUUAUUUGUCAAACAGUUUCAUUAUAUGAUCGUAAUGAUGACAAUGAUAAUACUUAUGAAUCAUAUAAUCAAUUUAAAUCUCUUACUCCUCAACAAUUAGCUGAUCUUGAUGAAUUUCUUUCACGUAAACUUGGUGAUGAAUCAUCAUCAUUAUCAUCAGGUGAAGUUUUAUAUCGUAAUACACGUCGUCCACAUCAACAUUUAAUAGUUAAACGUGAUGCUUUAUGGACAACAACAGAAGUACUCGAAUGUAUUCGACGUUUGAAAUAUUCUAAAAAUGUUUCAAAACUUGAUCUUGUUACAGAAAUGCUCAAUUGUUAUCGACGCCUUAAACAUUCGGCUCGUACAAAUAAUAUUAAUCAAAAUAUUACCCAAAUAUCAACUCCAAUUGUUAAUCCAAUGGAAGAAAUAUCAAGAGAAAAUAAUAUUAUUUCUCCUCCACCUCCAUACACGGAAGAAGAUUCAACUAAUUUUGAUCAUUCUUCACCUUCAUAUGUCUUAUCAAUAAAACUUCAUGAAUCAUCAUAA